GACUGAGAAACACAAAGCCGAAGAGACGAAGAGAAAGAAAAAAAAAGGGCAAGUCGGGAGAAUGAAUGAAUGAAUGAUUGAGAGACCAAAUCCAACCACGCCAGCCCCAAAACGCUGCGUUUCGCUCUCCUCGCCCGCUCCCAAACCCUAACCCUGCCCCGGCCAUCCCUUCGGUCGCCGUCGACGACGUCCGUCGCGCUAAACGCCGCAACCCGAAGAAAUCGAGCGAUUUGAGCGUGUGGGCGAGAGCGAGUGGAUCUGAAGGAAGAGGAAGAAGGGCGAUCUCGUCGGAGGAAGCGAAACGAUGCCGUCUCACGCGGAUCUGGAGCGUCAGAUCGAGCAGUUGAUGGAGUGCAAGGCUCUGGCGGAGUCGGAGGUGAAGGCGCUGUGCGAUCAAGCUAGGGCUAUUCUGGUGGAAGAGUGGAACGUGCAACCGGUGAAGUGCCCCGUCACCGUCUGCGGCGAUAUUCACGGCCAGUUCUACGAUCUCAUCGAGUUGUUUCGGAUUGGAGGCAGCGCCCCUGACACCAACUACCUCUUCAUGGGUGAUUAUGUAGAUCGUGGAUACUAUUCAGUGGAGACUGUUUCACUUCUGGUGGCAUUGAAAGUCCGUUAUCGAGAUAGAAUCACGAUUCUCAGGGGAAAUCAUGAAAGCCGUCAAAUUACUCAAGUGUAUGGCUUCUAUGAUGAAUGCUUGAGAAAAUAUGGAAAUGCCAAUGUCUGGAAAUAUUUUACGGAUUUGUUUGAUUAUUUACCUCUGACUGCCCUCAUUGAGAGUCAGAUUUUCUGCUUGCAUGGAGGUCUCUCACCUUCUUUGGAUACACUGGAUAAUAUCAGAGCAUUAGAUCGUAUACAAGAGGUUCCACAUGAAGGGCCAAUGUGUGAUCUCUUGUGGUCUGACCCUGAUGAUCGCUGUGGAUGGGGAAUAUCUCCACGUGGUGCUGGAUACACAUUUGGACAAGACAUAGCUGCACAGUUCAAUCAUACCAAUGGUCUCUCCCUGAUAUCCAGAGCUCAUCAGCUUGUUAUGGAAGGAUACAAUUGGUGCCAGGAAAAGAAUGUGGUGACCGUAUUUAGUGCUCCAAAUUAUUGUUACCGAUGUGGGAAUAUGGCUGCCAUACUAGAAAUAGGAGAGAAUAUGGAUCAGAAUUUUCUUCAGUUUGAUCCAGCUCCAAGGCAAAUUGAGCCUGACACCACACGCAAGACUCCAGAUUAUUUUUUGUAACUUCGUUUAUCUGCUUGUUUGUAGUUACUGCUUUCUGCCAUUACUGUAGAUGUGUCUUUCAGGAAAGAGGAUUUUACUGUUUAAUGGAGGGUGGUCAUCAACAUAAUUCUUUCUUUCGGAGUUUACCUGCAGCCGCUACCGCCGCCUUAUUUGUACAAGAAACCAAUAGAACUGAUACAAACCACCAAUUGGGGUUGUAUAUUUUUGGGAGGAGGAAACGGCAAUAACAUGGUAUAUCUUGUUCUGUAAUCCUUUUUUUCCUCUUUAAAUUAAAUCUCAAGGUAGAGAGAAGAUUUUUGAGUCCUGACAAUGAUGUCAUUUGAGACUUUUGAUGGUGCCAAAUCAAAGUUCAGGUGUUCAUUUUUCGUGAUUAAAUUAUAUCAUGGUAGAGGGUUGAGUUGGGACGGUACAUUUGAGACCUACAGAAUAGGAGCCUUAAAGUGUUUUUCUUUUUUAUUUUAUUUAACCAAUACCCUUUGGUUUUGCUGUU